CUUGUGACCGUCAAGUAGGAGGUAUCUGACCAGAGGGCUACUCAUCUUCCAAAUCUCGCCACUGGAUCUGUGUGGUGUCGUGUCUUUAAAUAGCCCAACAGAGACUAUAAAGCAACCCACACAGGGAGGCUUGUUGAUUCACAGGGAGACACUAGACCACAAGAGAGCCACUCCGAGAAGCACGACUUGAUCCUUCUGCGGGAGUACCAUUGAGCUCUAUUAAGAAGAUCUGCUCAGAUUUUUAAGACUUGAAGAAAGUCCAACUCAAUAUUUGUAAGGGUUGUGUCGCUGGAUUUAAGCAGUUUUUCAACAAGAUCAAAGGUAAAUUGAACUUCUAACCAGGAUGAAGUACUACCAGUGCCCCAUAUCCCAGACUAUAGGAAUCAAGGCCCAGGACUAUGUCGUCCCAGUCAGCUGCAAGAGCUCUGCCUCUCUGAAGCCUCCCCGCAGUGUGCACUUCCCCAAUGACAUUGUUUUCCUGGACUACGUACGACACGGGGAGCUGGAGAGGAUUGGACUUUUCAUUCGUGCAAAAAGAGUCAACCUGGACACCAUCUACCACAACGGCAUGGCCGCCAUCCACGAGGCCGUCCUGUCUGGGGACCUGGAGUGUGUGAAGCUGCUGGUCAACCUCGGAGCAGACGUCCACCAGAGAGACGAGGAGGGAUGGACCCCACUGCACAUGGCCUGCAGCGACGGCUUCCCACACAUUGCACGCUACCUUCUCAAGUUGGGUGCCGACCCUGAGCUGGAGAACGACUGCGGGGAGAAACCAUCUGACCUCAUUGACCUGGACAACAAGGAGCUGCUGGAGCUAUUUGGGCUGGCUAUUAAUGACUGAGAACAUGUUGCUUUUAAAGUCACAAACUCGUCUGAAACCCAGUGCCCAGUCAAGCGACUGUUCUGCAGGGAUGGACAGAGAAGGCCGCGUCAGUCUAGCAACAUGCCUCACUUCUGGAGGUCAAAGACUGUGGACGUCUGGCAGAAAGAGGGAGCCCGUCGGCUGCCCCCUGACUGGAGUUCUGAUGGUAGGGGCUUCCCCCUGAACUCCAGCAAUGCAGAUAAACUCUGUCCUGUAAGAGCUUCUGAUCUUUUUAUACUGCAAUGGAGUGAACAAAUUUUCUAUAUAUUUUUUUU